AUGGAGUUCAACCUCAACUCCGUCCUUUAUAAUCCUACUGUUGGUUCCGGACCGCAGCCUACUCCAACGCAGACCUCACCAAACGACUCAGACCCCGCUCAUUCCUCUACCACUAACGACGCAUCCAAGGAUUCUUCGCCUCGGGAUGUCGGCAACCUAACUCCCUCAGAACCUCGACAGAAUCCUCGAAGUUGUGUGACCUGCCGCCGUCGGAAGAUACGAUGCAAUAAACUUCAGCCUUGCUCGAACUGCACAAAGGCCAAGGUCGAAUGUGUCUUUCCCAAGCCUGGCAGGGCUCCGAGAAAGUCGAAGAAGGCGACGGAAGCUGACUUGCUUGCGCGGCUCAAGACUCUCGAGUCUAUUGUCAGAAAUAUUGGGAAAUCGACGGCGGAGGAGGCGAGUUCCACUGAAGCGAAGAAAGAUGCAAACGUCAACAGUGAAUUGGGUGUCGAUAUUUUUACAAGCCGUUCUCCCAAGGACAUAGAGUUAGAUUCUGUGGAUGAGGAGAUGGGAAGGCUUGUCAUUAACGAUGACAAGAGUCGAUACGUCAGUCAUCGUUUCUGGACAAGAUUCGGAGAUGAGGCUAACAAUAUGAAGAUUGAGGAAUUGAAGGAUAUGAUCGACUGUCCAACGUCGGAAGAAGAAGAUGAUCCCUCCUCCGGAGAUUCUAAAUCUGGGUCGUCACAAUGGACUCGUCACGAUGGAUUUAUAUUCGGCUUUUGGUCCGUAACACACAGCCUACGCGGCUUCCACUUACCACCAGAAAGGUUCGAUAUUAUGUGGGAGACGUAUCUUGAGAAUGUGGCCCCAGUCGUGCCCAUCUUCCACCGUCCAACCUUGAAGACUAUGCUACGAAAUGCUGUCUCUAAUCUAGACUCGGUAAAUAAGAAUACCGAAGCACUACUGUUGACAGUAUACUAUACCACCAUAGCAAGUAUGACACCCGAACAGUGUCUAUCUCAACUUGGCGAGGAUCGUGAUGCUGCUCUAAACCGGUUUCGAUUUGCUGUCGAACAAGCUUUAGCUAGAGCAAAUUUGCUAAGCACGCGCAGCUUGGUUCUCCUUCAAAGCCUUGUUCUAUUUCUGAUUUGCGUGCGUCAAAGUGGUGAUCCUCGCUACAUUCUAUCGUUGGCGUCACUCGCUAUUCAGAUAGGUCGGGCAAUCGGUCUCCAUCGUGAUGGAACUGCGUUUGGUUUGACUCCCUUUGAGACCGAAAUACGCCGUCGACUGUGGCUGCAAAUCUGUCUAGCUGACUUUUGUUCUGCGGAAGAUCAUGGAUGUGAUCCUGUGAUACAUGAAGCCUCGUAUGACACUCUUCCACCGCUAAAUAUCAACGACGAAGACAUCUCUCCGGAUUCGAAAGAAUUCCCGAAAGAGAGAGUUGGAUGUACAGACAUGACCUUUCUUUUGUUCCGUGGGGAUAUAAAUAUGCUUGCAAGGAGGCUUACCCACGUACCCCCCAGCAAUACUUGCAAAAAAUUCAUUGCGUCGUUUUCUCAGAAAGAGCGCGAGGAAAUGGUGGAAAAUCUCAGCAAACGCCUUGAAGAAAAAUAUGUACGGCAUUGUGACGUCAGCAUUCCCAUUCAAUGGGUCUGUGGAGCACUGUCGCGCCUGGUUGUGGCAAGUUUGCUGCUUAUGAUUCACCAUCCGAUGACAAGGGACGAUGCUGAGGGUUCUGUUCCUGCAGUAGAAACAGAAAAUCGGUUAUUUCUAUCCGCGAUCGAAAUUAUUGAGUUUUCACUUCUCCUGGAGACAAAUUCUAAUACAUCCAAGUGGAGCUGGUUCUUCCGCGCACAUACGCAGUGGCACGCCAUUGCGUACGUCCUGUCUAAUCUAUGCGUACGACGGGCGUGUCCCGUCGUCGAACGGGCCUGGCGAGCCGUCAACGCAGCUUAUAAGAUGUCGGAAAUGAAAGGCCAGCAAAAGGGCAUGCUUUGGCCUGGGAUUCGCAAGCUCAUGGCUCGCGCUCUGCGCUAUCGAGAAAUGCAGCUGCAGCAACUCACAGCACAGUAUGGGACCGGCGAGCCUUGCUGUAACGGUUUACAGCCGCCCAAUGAUAGUGUGGUGUCGCAGACCCUGACACCAGGCACGUAUAUGUCACAGCAACCACACCCUCCAAGCACGAGCGCUGCUCUCCCAAUGGAGACCGAGCCAAGUUCCAACAUGAAUGCCGAAAGCUAUGUUAUUGGCUCUAUAGACGCAUCGGGAUUAUCCUGGCCGUCCUUACCUCAGGAUAACCUGUAUGGCGCAGAUAUUUCCAGCAUCAACCAUUCCAUCGCCUCUCCGCCGCCAUCUUGGGAUGAAUGGAAUCGAGUUGUGCGCGAAUUCCAACUUGACAUCAGGAACGAUGACCUGGCAACGCUGGGCCAAGUUCCGAUUUGGUUUGAAUGAUUUUAGCCCAUUUUAUGACUCUCAAUUUGAUGACUGUACGGAGUAUUUUUAUUUAUUUAUUUUUUUAUUAUUUUAUUUUAUUGUGAAGCC